AUGGCAAUUGGAGAUAGAGGAGGCGCGAAGCUCAUUAUAGAUGACUAUGUGUUUCACAGGAACAAGAAGCGUGGAGACAAAGCGUACUGGGUGUGCAGUCAGAAGGCCCAGGGCUGACCGUUAAUGAUACCGACUGCGCGAGGAGGUGUGAAACUUCUGUUGGAAGAUGAAGUCUACAUCAAGAAUAAAACGGCUGCGACAUUAAUCCGAAGUGGGAAAAAUAAGGUGCUUCUUGCAUCAGGACACUUGUACAACCGGAAACAUAAUGCCAGGGACCGGAACUGGGGCUGGUACUGUACCAGGUACCACCAUGGAUGCAAGGCCAGGAUCAUCACUGAUGAAGACUUAUUCAUCAUAGCCUACACCGGAGAACACGACCACGACCCUCCAGGCGAGAUAAUAAAAACCGGCAAGGGUGAGAUGCUUUAUGCUGGCGGGUUCACUUUCAAUCGUAAGCAGUGUUCCAGGAAUAAGAAAUGGAGGUGGUACUGCACGCGCUACCACCACGGCUUGCAAUGGUUUAAAAAGCCGACGGGAAAAGAAGUGGCUGUACUCCAAGGUUACACCUUCUACCUAGACGGUCGAGCCAAGUCUUCCGAUAUGUACUUAUGCACCUUCGGUUCCAAGAAAUUACCUGUCUUCAGCAUGACGAAAGGUGGAAAUCCAGUGAUCAUGAUUGGUACUUAUAGGUACAACAGAACCAAUGGUUGUAAUGGGGCUAAAGUGAGAUGGUACUGUAACAGGCCUGAACAGUUAAGGCAUGAGCUAAACAUUAUAUCAGGCCAAUUGCCGAGGGAUUUAUCAUCUCCUAUCGACAGCUUCAAUUUAGCAGAAGUAUAUAAUUUGUUGCAAAUACGAACUAGAAUGUCGCCGAAAUACCUCAUCAUUGAAAUAAAGAUCCCUCUGAUUGGAAGGGAUAUGUAUGAGAUAUACAGGCUCAUUCCCAUACCCUACCUGAAAGCCGUCCAGCUGACUGGCAGUGGUUUAUUAUCAGUAAAUGCAGGUUGCAUUAUUAAAUCAGAGGAUUUUCUUGUAUUCGCACACAGAUCUGGGACAAGCAAAAUCAUGAUCAGUUCUGAGAUUGAGGCCCCAAGAAUAGCCCCAAUAAACCAUAUAAUUAACGUAUCAAUUCCCACAUCCGUUCAGUUAGACAGUACAACACAUUCCGAUAAACAACUACAAGAAAUCAGAGCACAAAUAGAUAUCAUGAAGGACAACACCCCGAUAAUACAAACAGUUUCCACUCAUGAUGCGCACCACUACGCAGCAAUUUAUAUCAUCAUAGGAGUGAUGUUAUUGACGGCUAUCAUUUAUGUGAUGAAACGUGUACGCGUACGCAGACAACAGACAUUACAGCAGGCAGCAGCGGAGGCGUCACAGGAGCAGUCGCUGCCAGUCGCGACAACUGCCGCGGCGGGGUUACAAACCGUCUCUUACAAAGUGGACAAUCAGUGCUCAAAGUGUGCAAGUGUAGUGCAGUGUAGUGAAAAAGCAGGUGCCCGUAUCAUAAAACAAAAUAGUAGUACAUCUCCGAUACUUUGUUCGGUAUUUACACUAUCGGAACCUUAG